AGAGCUUGGCAGCUGGUGACAGGCUCGGAAGGCGUCGGUGGAAGAAGUUUUAGGACAGUUGUUUUUGCAGACAAUAAGGUGGCUAAAAACGACUUAAAACUCACGACAACGGACUUAAACGGCAUCGUGAACUGUAAGUAUGAACAUAUGCUGACAUAUAUUUGAGUUUUUUGUCGCUUUGUGGCGAAUUGAGAGAGUUAAAUGGCUGUUAGCAACCUUGAAACAAAGAUGUUGUUGGUCAUUCAUUUCUCAAUACUUCUAAUUUUCUAUAUGUGCGUGUCACUAAUGUUUAACUGACUUAAACUACUCGCUUUUAGCUUGAUUUUUAAAGCUUAUCUGUUGUUAUUCCCUCUGAUUACAGAAAGCAGCUGAUACCAUUGCAAACCACAAAGAAGACCACUAUGCCUGCUCUCUCUGCACCCACUGAAAUCGUCAGCUCCCCUCCUUCCCCAGUGGACAGCAGUCCAAGGAGGCUGUCAUGGGGCAAACUGGUGCAAAGACUGACCGAUUUCAGUACACCAGGCAACAGCAGCAGUAUAGAGUCUGGGUCCAACAAUGGCAGCAGGAGUGAUCUCUCAGACUCAGGUAAACAACCCUGAAAACAUUGAUAUCACUGAUUAUUUGUCCUGUUUUGUUCAUGGUUCAGGAUGUAACCUAUUGUUUAACCCCUCACAGGCUCAGAUGUCUCCAGUGACCCCUUAACAUGUAAUGAAGACCUGUUUUAUGAUCCAAUGGAGGAGACCAUCCUGAAGGAAGUAGUGGACCUUAUUGCACGUAGCCUGAGAGAGGCCAAAGACUCCGAUUGCGCCUUGAGAUGCACAAAACUCCUCAUUCCUGAGAAACUUCUGGAGCACAUCGGUCAGGAGCUCCUUCACCUGGCAGCUAGCGAGCCCUGCGGUCUAAGGGGGGCUCUCAUUGACCUCUGUGUGGAGCAAGGGGCCUUGUGCGAGAGCAUGGGGCAGCUAUCUGUGGACCCUUACCUCGUCCCCACCUUUCAGCUGACUCUGGUGUUGAGGCUGGAGUCUGGUGGACUGUGGCCAAAAAUCCAAGAACUUUUUAGUGCCAAGUCUCCUUCCAAUCCAGUAGUGAGACAGGAGAUCAAACUCAGCACUGGUUUCCGUGUGAUAAAGAAGAAACUGUAUUGUUCUGAAGAACUGCUUAUUGAGGAAUGUUAGAAGAUCCUGGGAUUGUAAAGUUUUAUUGUCUGCGCCUUUUUAAAACGAGCUCACAGAAGGGCCUUAUUACUGUAAUACAUGUAUAUGAUGCCUUAUGAGGCGUGAGGAUGGACUCUGUCAUGGUACAGCGUAUUGUUCCUAUUGUAAGGGAGAUAAAGUUUAUGGUACCAGGAGCAGAUGCUGCUCCAACACACACGAUCGUGAUGAUAGUUGGAUUUCCAAAUGGGUUCCCAUCCUGAUAUAUGUGCUGAACAGGCAUUUUGCGAGCAUUUAAGUGCGUACCUCAGUUUCUAUUGAAACAAUAUAAACGGCAGCUAGCUUUGGUGAUAUUCAUGAAAGACCAUUGUGUUGUUCCUUUCUUUUAAUUUGUGGUGAUUAAUUGUAAUGUUCGCCAGUUGAUGAAUUGUACACCAAGCAUACCAUUAGGGACCUUUUUAGUGACCGCUUGAACCCAAGAGCAAAGGCCUACCGCUGCAUGCCUUGUGCAGUUUAUGUGCAAGCUGCAGCAAAAUAUGUUCAAGUGUAACUUUAGCUUAUACCUGUGUGGACCUGUUUGCAUUCAACUUUAUUUAUUUGACAUUCAAAUACUCAUAUCAUUGCACUGUUUUUGUACUUUCAUGAUGCAAAUAAAUUAUUUUUUUUCAACAGUUCUGUUUU